CUCCUAGUCGCGGAGAGCGCGCGGUGCGCCGGCGCCGACAGUUAAAGUGUAGCGGGGCAGGGGGCGGGCUCCUGCUCAGCCUCUGCUCCUCGCGCUCCGCCACACCGCACUGUCCCAGCAUUCGUCCCCAACUGCCCAGGAUGAUCAAAAACAGCACAUGGGCUGCACUGGCCACAAACUGCCCAGUCUGGGUGUAAGCAAAAGUGAACCACCACAUUCCCCUCGGUGGAUAUAAGAGGACUUGGGCUGGAAGCAUGUGGUGGGUCCUGCGAGGCUGGGGGCGAGGGCACCUGAACCCCUGGGGAGCCCAGGGGCGGCAGUGGCUCCCCGGCAUCCGUGCUCUGGCCAGUGUGGCCUCCAGGCGUGGGAAUGAAUACAGUCAUGUGGUGGUGGGUGCAGGCUCCGCGGGCUGUGUGUUGGCCAGUCGGCUCACCGAGGACCCUGAUAAGCAUGUGUUGCUGCUGGAGGCUGGGCCCAAGGACAUGUAUGCAGGGAGCAAGCGGCUCUUGUGGAAGAUCCACAUGCCUGCGGCCCUCGUAGCCAACCUGUGCGAUGACAGGUACAACUGGUACUACCACACCGAGCCGCAGGCAGGCCUGGACAGCCGUGUGCUGUAUUGGCCGCGUGGCCGGGUAUGGGGAGGCUCUUCAUCCCUCAACGCCAUGGUCUACAUCCGUGGGCACGCCGAGGACUAUGACCGCUGGCACCGACAGGGUGCCACGGACUGGGACUAUGCACACUGCCUGCCCUAUUUCCGCAAGGCACAGUGCCAUGAGCUGGGUGCCAACAGGUACCGUGGCGGCGACGGCCCGCUGCAUGUGUCGCGGGGCAAGACCAACCACCCGCUGCACCGGGCAUUCUUGGAGGCGGCACAGCAGGCCGGCUACCCGCUCACCGAGGACAUGAAUGGCUUCCAGCAAGAAGGCUUCGGCUGGAUGGACAUGACCAUCUACAAAGGCAAGCGCUGGAGCACAGCCUGUGCGUACCUGCACCCAGCACUGAGCCGCCCCAACCUCACAGCCGAGGCCCGGACGUUUGUGAACAGGGUGCUGUUCGAAGGCACCCGUGCAGUGGGUGUGGAGUACAUCAAGAAUGGCCAGAGCCAUAGGGCUUACGCCAGCAACGAGGUGAUUCUGAGUGGAGGUGCCAUCAACUCACCGCAGCUGCUCAUGCUCUCAGGCGUCGGCGAUGCAGAUGACCUCAAGAAACUGGGCGUCCCCUUGGUGUGCCAUCUCCCGGGAGUUGGCCAGAACCUGCAAGACCACCUGGAGAUAUAUAUCCAGCAGGCAUGUACCCGCCCCAUCACUCUCCACACAGCACAGAAGCCCUUGAGGAAGGUCCGGAUUGGUCUGGAGUGGCUCUGGAAGUUCACAGGGGAUGGAGCCACGGCCCAUCUGGAAACAGGUGGGUUCAUCCGGAGCCAGCCUGGGGUCCCCCACCCAGACAUCCAGUUCCACUUCCUGCCGUCCCAAGUGAUCGACCACGGGCGUGUCCCCACCCAGCAGGAGGCGUACCAGGUGCACGUGGGGACCAUGCGGGGCACGAGUGUGGGCUGGCUCAAACUGAAAAGUGCCAACCCCCAGGACCACCCUGUGCUGCAGCCCAACUACUUGUCAACAGAAACCGAUAUUAGUGACUUCCGUAGAUGUGUGAAGCUGACCAGGGAAAUUUUUGCACAGGAAGCCAUGGCGCCGUUCCGGGGGGAAGAGCUCCAGCCAGGAAGCCACGUCCAGUCAGAUAAAGAGAUUGAUGCCUUUGUGCGGGCGAAGGCAGACAGCGCUUACCACCCCUCGUGCACCUGUAAGAUGGGCCAGCCCUCUGAUCCCACUGCCGUGGUGGAUCCACAGACCAGGGUGAUUGGGGUGGAAAACCUCAGGGUGGUCGAUGCCUCCAUCAUGCCCAGCGUGGUCAGCGGCAACCUGAAUGCCCCCACGAUCAUGAUUGCAGAGAAAGCGGCUGACAUCAUUAGGGGGCGGCCUGCACUCUGGGACAAGGAUGUCCCUGUGUACAAACCCAGGACCCUGGCCACCCAGCGCUGAGGCAGUCACUGCCUGAGAAGGCCCCUGACAAGUGCAGAGGACCAGCACAGCCCUUGUCCAAAUGCUCUUUCCUGAAACUACGUUAGAAUUCAAUGGCAGAGAACUGGAUAAUUUUUUAAGAAAUGAGAUCAGUACUGAUCAGUGAAUCGGAUGCCUUUUCCCUUGCAUUUUCCUCUGCGCCCUUCGGGGAAGGCAAGGCCAGUGGAGGAUGGCACCCUCCAACCCAGAGUCCUGACGCCUUCCUUGUCCUGGCUGGACCUGAGGAAAAUGGUUCUCUCCCAGGCCUCCCUCUGAAGGUGAGCCCCUGAAAGAGCAGGGUGCUAUGCAGAGAGGCUGGGUGCUGCCUUCUCCACAGGGGCACCCCACACCUCAGGCUUCAAGCCGUAGCUGAGGACAGGAGUCAUGCCAUAGUUAAGGAAUGCAGCGUUGACGUGUGCCUAAGCCUCCGGUGUGUCCUUGUUCAGAGGGAGAGCUGCCUGCAACGACACCCAGACCUCUCCUUUCUCUUCCUGAUCUCACUCCCAGAGUGUGGAGGCGCUGGUGCCCGAUGGGGCACUCUGAGUCGCCUGCAGCCCACCUGCCUGAUGCCCUGCUCCUUAAUAAACACCAUCAGCCCAACGAGAGGUUUUCUGGACCUUGUUCAAGGAGAGAAGAGUCUGGAAAGACUUCACGACUACAGGUUUCACAAUUUCCCAUUUUAAAAGGAAGCCUGGAACCCAGAGCAAACCCCACAUACCAGACCACCGCUCCACACCAAAGCAGCUAGCCCAGGACGACACCUCCCCCUCAGCCUGGGGAAACCACUCAGCGCCGGACAAGGCUGGCUAAUUUUUAUUCUGCAGAUGUCCGUGGGAACAGACCAGGAUGGAGCCGAGACCAACAGAGAAGGCAGUCAAGUGAAACUAUGCUGCUUGAUCCUGUAAAAAUGCAACAGAGAGAAAAAUUGUCAAAGAUUUGAGUUGGGGGUUGUGGGGCAGGGUGGGGGGGUGGGGAGAAAACCAGAUACAAGUAGCACUUAAAACCAUUAUUUGAUCUUUAAACCUCUUAUAAUUCAAUAAUGUAAUCCAGUAAUUUAUUUUUGAACAGAGAUGCCUUAUCCAGAUGGUUCUUACAAGGUAAUGAAAACUAAAUGCAUUUUGGAUUGAUUUUGUUUUUUAAAGCUAUUCAAAGCCACCAUCUCAUGGCAGGGAACAAAAGAAUUGCUAUAUGGACACCUGCCAUGCUGGGCCCAGAACAAAGAAGGGGGAGAAAAUGGGACAUUUCAGGCUUCUCCCAGGAUCGGAGUGGACUGAGAUGGCUUGGAGGCCCGACAGCCGUAACUUAAUGUUUCCGAGAGAGACCUUCCAGAAAGGUGGGAAGAAGAAAACUGUCACCUCUUCUUCCUUUAAUUCUUACCUGUAUCCUGCUUAGUUUUCUGAUCCAAGAGGGGGUCAAGAAAGAAAAUUCUAACUCUGCCAAGAGGUUUAUUUCUCCUAGAGAGGUGCCCCCGCCGUGGUCCCCAGCCAUCACUGCUGGGUCUCGGAGGCGUCUGUAGGGCCAGAGGAGCAGUGGAGGGGCACGGGGGCCAGCCCCACAGCCCUGAGGGCCAAGAAGUAAUGAGUUAGGGGUCCCAGGUGUCUGUGACUAUACCGACUCUCUCCGGUGCAGGUGGAGUAGGUGACACAGCCAUUCCGUUCUGCCGUCGCUGCGUUCUGUGGUAGUCUCAGUCUCCGAGGCAGUGGCUGGUUUGCUACUGUGGCUGAAUUGCAAGCUAAGCAAAAUAACAGGUCCCCAUGCAGCUCGCUUCUAUCCUGGCCCCUUUCCCACUCUUGCUUGCAGGGCCUUGUUCCUGCAAUCGCCCAGGGUAGCCAUACACACAAAUGUUUCAAAAGAGAAGACCGGCAGUGUCACGUAUACGGGACCCGCAGAAGUCAGAGUGGGAAACUGCUGCUGGGGUUCAGACCCAGGACAGAACUGGUCUGACUGGAGUGCCGUGGCUGUCUGGGCAGAAUGCGCUGUGGCCCAUGUCACAACCACCGGGCUGUCUGCAACUCCCACUGCCACAAGGGACCCUUCCACGUCCAAAAGGGCAGGCUGUGGUCUGGGGAAGCCGGAGGGGGAGAAGAGAGCCUACUGGAGUUGUGGGGGAGGAACCACAGCUGGGCUGCCCACACAGGGAUGCGGCCAGCACUCUGCCUCUCGAGGAAUCGGACAGGCUUUGUUAUUGAAAUCCCUGAGUGAAAGCCUGUAGUCCCUAAAACAAUAAAAGAAUAUACUUUACAAAAAGUGGCUUAAAAAGCAUAGCAGAAAGCUGUGUAUGUGCCUAGUGACCAGGCUCUGAGGAGCACUGACUCCUUUGAAGAAGCCUGUGUUUAGGCUGAUGUGACAUCAGCAGAAGGAUCUUCCUGCUAGAACAAAAGACAGAACACUCGGGUUUAGGAGCAGCGUAACCAGGAAAUGGCAGGUCCUGGAAGAAGGAACUCUGGCACCUUGACUACAUCCUUUCUGUUUCCAGGGCAGGCAGCAAGAAUCAUUUCCAUAAAGUCAAAUAGACUCUUCUCUCCAGCCAAACCACAUCCCUCCACCCAAAGGUCAUUCUCUAUUUCCACUGAUUAACUUAACCUCAGAUGUGAUACCUAGAUCAUUUCUCUUAAAAACCAUGAGAGAAACCACACCACGUCUCCACUGGCCCUGCGCUGAAGCCCAGGCAGCCCUCAUAUCGCCCCCCAGGCCCAUCCCCAAGACCACAUUCAAUUUGUUCCCGUGUUGGAAGGAAGGGCCCCAGGCUGCUCCUCAUUCUCUCUUGCCCUCUAAAGUUGCCAGUAGACAAGGAAUAUCAUUGUAGAGAAAAAAAAAUGUUCAACAAAUGGAAGCGCAGCUGGAGUCUGUUGAGUUGGGGUAAUCUGAUAAAGGACCAGAGCUGUUGGGUGCUGCUGCUGCUACCGCUAUCGCUAACCUUUUUUUAGAAGUGAUUGCCCUUCAUAGCAAUAAAAACCUUUGUAGAAAAGCAGACAAUUGACACAGACACUUUCGACCAUGGUAUAGCCUGUAAAAAAAACCACAUGACAUAAACGACCCUGGUUUCUUUCACAUGCGUGGGAUCAAGAGUAAAGUGGGCUCAUCCAGCAGACCAAGCCCACGCUGCACCGAGAUGCUUCUGGGGCCUUGAACAACCAACCACCCUUCCUGGCCUGGGGCUGAUACCGACACAUCUGGGAGUGGAGCUGGGAAGUGCUGCCUGGCCAAGUGUGGAUGGGGAUCACAGUUAUUAAUGAGGUUCUUGCUCACCGAUAGUUAAAUCAGAGCUGCCAUUUCCAUUUUGUGAUAUGAAAAACAAUAGAUUAAAGAAAAUAAAUGUACUAUUCCUGGGGACACAAUGAAAUGACAUUUUUUAGGGGGUGGAAGGGGAACCAAGGGGAAAGACAUUUAAUCAUAACACUUUCCUAAAACAAAGAAACCAUGCUCUACAACUUCAAAUUUUUCUUACAAAGAAAAAUUUAAUGUUAGAUGAGAGAUUGAACCAGGCUUAAAGCAGACAUAUUAGGAGUGGUGCAGCCUAUAAAAAUGCCAGUUUUUAAGUACUGGGUGGAAAACAGCAUUACCUAUACCAGAAAAGUCAGUCCUGGUAGGCAAUGUUGGACUGGCGAUGUUAAACCACACAGUAAGACCAAUACCUAAAAGAGAAACAGAGUCUGAGGUGAUGGUAACAGUGGUUUAGCCCUUUAGGAGAAACAGUGCUCUCUGCAGCUGGUGUUAAGUUACCGUAGGCAUUGAAGGAGCCACGAGAACGAGGAAAAAUCUACACAAUUACAGAACUGCCCUCACAGAGUGCCCGCCCCGUCCGAGGCUCUCACUGGCAAAUGCCACUGCUUUGCAAGGAGAGCUCCCAAAUACAAUAAAAUUAUUACACAGUUUUAUUCUGAAGAACAUUGUACAUUUUAAUAAAAAAGAAUUUACGUCAGGAAAGAGUCAUUUACAAACCUUGAAGAGUUUUUGCCUGGAUCUGGAGUAAGAAUGUCUUAAGAGGAGGUUUGUAAGGUCUCCAUAACAAAGUAUUGUUAUUUACAAAAAAAAACCAUCAACAGGUUGUCUAUGUAAUAUUUAAAAAUUUUGAACCAAAAAUUGCUACCUAUUUUUUGAUUGCAGAGAGUCCCUGCCAAGGUAACUUGACAAAGUCGGCAUAAUCCUGUGAACAGAAAAGGAAGCCUUGACAGGUCUAAUGAUCCAAAGUGGGUUUUCCUCAGGAAGUGCCAUUGGCGUGGGAGUGCAUUCUAGUGAAAACUCCAGCCCUCGUUCGGUUGCAUAUAAAAGCCCUCAGAACACACAGCACAGCAGUGUUUUGUAAAAAGGCAACGAUAUGAUUUGUCCGGACCCCAACCUUCUACCCUGUAGACGGUCGUGUCCCUUUGCCCCCGCUCCGUCCCCUCUUCCCCAGCAUUCCUUAUGUCUUAGGACAAGCAGCAUCGCCAUUUCCCAGGGGACAUGAGCAGAGGGACUUCAUUCACCUGCAAGGAUGUCCUGUGGGGGCAGGUGAGAAAACCCACCACUAUGAAUGCCACAGGGUCAGAGUGAGCAGCUUGACCUAGUCUGUCAUGAGCUUAUGGGUAUGGGGUUAAAGUAAAACAGAAGACAGCUGCAACCCAUGCUGGAGCAAAAGGUAUGCUAUCAAUCAUAGAACUCCUGCCCAAGGAGAAGACUGCAAAUAGUCAUCCUGGUAUAUCUUGUGUAAAGAUAGAUUUAUAGUGACUCAAAAUAUUUUAGAAAAAUCUCUGCAGUGUCAGGUUCUUUUGAACUUAACAUUUUAUCCCCAAAAGAUUUUCACU